AUGGCACAUUUUUUUAAAGUUAAACCGUUUUCAAAUCAAGGGAUCCUCACAAGAAGUUCAAUUUUAAAAGUAAGGAAUACAAGUAAUUCAGUCAAUCAAAAUGGUUUAAAUGAGUGGCAAUUUCUAUUUGAAGAUGCAUCUAACGAAGAUGACAAUAAAAAAGUAAGAAAGAAGACACAAACGGAAUAUCAAAAGUUGAAAAGAUCACGACCGGAUGGAUACUUUAAAGCAAAGGAAGAAUUUCGUCAAAUAUACUCAGCUCUCUUUGAUCGACACCGACCAACAAAAGAGACCACGAAUUCAUCAGAUUCAAUACCAUUAUUACAAAAGCAUUUAAAUGAAUUAAAAACUCAAUCAAAAACAGAACAAAUUAUAAAGUAUCCUCAAUCAAAACAACAAUCUGAUGCAACAAAAUGGUUUCAUGAACAAUUUGGAGAAGCUAUAACGAUGAAAAUACAAAAUAAUUUAAUAGAAUGUAAAACAACUUUACAAUUACGAGAUUAUAUAUCUAACCGAAUAUUUCCUGAUUCAACAAUUACCAAAGUUAACAAUGAAUCGCCUUUAAAAAAAAGUACUAACCGAAAAAAUCGAGUAAUUGAUGAUUUAGGACGACCUAUAGAUGCAAACUACGCAACACUUUUAAAAGAAAGUAUAGCUUUAUGUCGUACAAAGUUCAAUGAUCCUUAUAUGGCAUUUGCAAUCUUUGAACAAGUCAAACGUCGUGGUGUUAUAUCAUACGUACUUGGUUGUAAUGCACAAGUUUAUAACGAAUUAAUUAAAACAAGAUGGGAUUGUUGGAGAGAUCUCUAUGGAGUUGGAGAAUUAUUGAACGAGAUGUUGGUUAAUGGAAUUGAUUUUGAUGAAGGAACAAGAGAAGUUGUAAGUGAUAUUGCUUUGAAGGUAUUUGAUGAAGAUGGGAAAUUAACAGCAGGAUGGGAACUCGAACAGGAUGGACAAGUUUACAAAAAUAUAACGGAAGCUUUCAAAGUGUUUUCUAGGAAAUUAAAGAGGAAUUCAAAUAGUUAUAGAAGAAAAGAUAAUUAA